AUGGAGGCAUUCGCUUCUGCAGCACCGGAGCCCUUAUCUCCCGCGAAACAUCGAAGGAACGGACUGGCUAAAAACUGCGAAAAGCUUCUCUGCGUUGCUUUCAAAUACUUCCCUCUGGCCUUCGUAUACGGCCUCACGACGUGGGCAAUAUGGGUAGAGGCUGGAGUUAGUAUAUACCAUACCAAAAGUUGGUGGAGAGGAAACCUCGGCGCUGUUUUUGGAAUAUCUAUCUACCUAAUAAUGAACAUUUCGUAUACUGUUGCGGUCUUCACCAACCCAGGGACACCUCUUAAGACCUCUCCUCACGGCCGGUCUCGACAUCAAUAUAGCCAUCUCCCGACUACUGAGGAGACCGAAUAUACCUCUGUGACGGUGAAUUCUAUGGGCGAAAUACGCUACUGCAAGAAAUGUCAGUGCCGGAAACCAGAUCGAACACAUCACUGCUCGACGUGCGAACGGUGUGUUCUGAAAAUGGACCAUCACUGCCCGUGGUUGGCGACUUGUGUUGGAAUGUAUAACUAUAAAGCUUUCUUACUGUUUUUGAUAUAUACGUGCCUUUUUUGCUACGUCUGCUUUGCCGUUUCGGUCCUUUGGGUAUGGGAUGAAAUGAUGAAAAAUGUGGAAUACAUGGAGCGGUUUUUGCCGGUCAACGUCAUAAUACUGGCUGUCGUUUCAGGGAUGAUGUCUUUAGUGUUAAGCGGUUUUACGGGAUGGCAUAUUAGCCUGGCUGUCCGCGGGCUAACGACUAUCGAGUGUCUAGAAAAGACAAGAUAUCUAGCGCCAGUGAGGAAAACGCUAGAUCGGCACAGGAGAGAAUGGCAGCAACAGCAACCACGCCCUCGGAAUGCUGGGAAAACCGCCGAUGGCCUGGGGAGAACUCUUCAAGGCUACGGCCAACAGUUUAUUGAUAUGCAUGCAAAUGCUAUCCCAGGCGUUACUCGGGCUGAAGAGGGUGAAGAGCGUGCUUCACCUACAAUAGGAACAAGGAUCCCAGGCCCGAUACACCAUUCCCAUGACUACAACCCUGAUGAACACUACGACCAAUACCAGUCCCCAGCUCAGCAGUCCCUCUUCAGGUCAUAUGGAGAACUUGAUCGAGCACGGGAGCACGACCGAUAUGAGGAAUAUCUAGCAGAGUGUGACAGUGAGAAGCUGCCGCAUGCCUUUGAUCUUGGGUGGCGAAGAAACUUACUACAUCUCUUUGGGCCCAACCCUUUUCUCUGGCCCAUCCCCAUUUGCACUACUGUUGGCGAUGGCUGGCGCUGGGAAGCAAGCAGUAAAUGGCAGGAAGCAAGGAAUAGGAUUGAACAACAGAGGAUUCAAAGGUGGGAGGAAGCAAACCGUGAGCGGCAACAGUUUUGGCAACGGGCAUCACUUCAUAGCCAAUCUUACCCAGCUCCCAACCAGCAACACUCCUGGCAUGGCUCCGAGCCUCAUCCGGGAAACUCAUGGACGGGACGUUUCAACAGUACAGGAAACCUAAGGCCAGGACCUUAUACGGGGAAUAGUGUUGAGGACCGACCAUCAACCGGUGUUUCAAUGAAAACUUUGCGUCCUAUGUCUCCUCGCCCUCGGCCUGGAGAAAGGGACAUCGAUAUUGAUGAGGCUUCUGACCAUUACAGCACGAGCUCUGAUGAGGCUACAGAACAACAGGCUCUGGUAUCAAAUGACGAUGCCAAACAAACGCCGUCUGCUGGCAAUGGGCAGGGGGCGACGGAGGAAUGGGUGGACUGGGACUGA